AUGUCCUCUGUGCCCUGUCCCACAGGCAGUUGGAGCUUGCUGAGCGAAAGUGAGAAGCGCCCCUUUGUGGAGGAGGCGGAGCGGCUACGGGUCCAGCACAAGAAGGACCAUCCGGAUUACAAGUACCAGCCGCGCCGCAGGAAGAGCGUGAAAGCAGGCCAGGGCGACUCUGACUCCGGAGCCGAGCUGGGCCCCCAUCCCAGCGGUGCCGUGUACAAGGCGGACGCGGGCCUCGGUGACGCGCACCACCACGGCGACCACACAGGGCAGACCCACGGGCCGCCCACCCCGCCCACCACCCCCAAGACGGACCUGCACCACGGGGGCAAGCCGGAGCUGAAGCCGGAAGGCCGCCGUCUGGCAGACAGCGGGCGCCAGAACAUCGACUUCAGCAACGUGGACAUCUCAGAGCUGAGCAGCGAGGUCAUCGGCAACAUGGACACCUUCGACGUGCACGAGUUCGACCAGUACCUGCCCCUCAACGGCCACUCGGCCCUGCCCGCGGAGCCCGGCCAGCCCGCCGCCGGCUCCUACGGGGGCGCCUCCUACUCACACUCGGGGGCAGCCGGCCUCGGGGCGUCCCCUGUGUGGGCCCACAAGGGAGCCCCGUCGGCCUCAGCGUCGCCCACCGAGACGGGCCCCCCGCGGCCGCACAUCAAGACGGAGCAGCUGAGCCCCAGCCACUACGGCGACCAGUCGCAUGGUUCCCCAGGCCGCGCCGACUACGGCUCCUACAGUGGCCAGGCCAGCGUCACCACGGCGGCCCCGGCCGCGGCCGCCAGCUCCUUUGCCAGCUCGCAGUGCGACUACGCCGACCUGCAGGCCCCCAGCUACUACAGCCCGUACCCCGGCUGCCCGUCCAGCCUCUACCAGUGCCCCUACUUCCACCCUUCCCGUCGGCCCUACGCCUCGCCCCUGCUCAGCGGCCUCUCCGUGCCGCCCGCCCACAGCCCGCCCGGCAACUGGGACCAGCCUGUGUAUACUACCCUGAGCAGACCCUGA